UCUGUAAUAUAACAAUACUUUUCCAAAAGAAAACGACAUAGCACUUCCAAGGAUUGUGCCGGAUCUUUGAUGAUCAUGGGGAGAAUAUCCUGCAUUUUCACAUCCAUAUUUAUUGUACUUGCAUAUAGUCCCUACGUUGCUCCUCAAUCAUGUCCUACAGGUUGGGAUUCAUUCAACGGUUUUUGCUGGUAUUUUUCUAAGGCGCUAAAUGGACUCGACAGACGCGACACAUUCACAUUCGCUUCAUCUUUCUGCCAGGAAAAUGGCGGUACCCUUGCUAUUUUCACCACAGUGGAAGAAAGGGAUUACGCGUACAGCAAAAUUCAAGUAUUUCAAGAUACAGACUGGUGGAUUGGAUUAAAUGAUUUUCAACAUGAACAGACAUUUACGUGGAUUGACGGCUCGGCGUUAGAUCCCGCAGUUGCAAAUUGGAAAUUUGGAGAGCCUAGUAACACAAACGGUGAAGAUUGUGUUGAAAUGUGGGUAAAUUUACCGCUAUAUCGAGGAGAAUGGAACGAUAAGAGUUGUGACGCCAAAGAUAACUUUAUUUGUAAACGGGCACCCGGAACAAUUGACAGCUGUGAACAAGGCUGGAUAGACGGUGGAUCAAGCUGCUAUUACGUAUUCAAUACAGAACUACAGUGGUUUGAAGGAGAAGCAUACUGCAAAGCGUCGGGUGCAGAACUGGUUUCCAUAACUUCAUCGAGUGAACAACAGUUAGUGCAAAGUCUUGUAGAACCAUUUUUGAAAGACUUUUGGAUAGGAUUAAGCGAUACGGAUAAUCCUGGUACUCUACAAUGGACGACACACGACCCUGUCAGCUACAACAAUCUGGCGACGGGACAAGUUAUCUCACCAACACUGUACACCGGAAGUACGUGUGUCGCCAUGACACUUUCAAAACAAUACCAAUGGGAUUCAGUCAAGUGUUCAAGCGAAAGAGCUUUUGUUUGUGAAAAGGGAUACAAGGCAACUUGUCCUCCAUCAUGGAUAUACUUGGCAGGCAAAUGUUACGAACUGGUUGUGAAUCCCAACAGAGCAGCUACGUGGACAACAGCUAUGGAAAAAUGCCAAGCUCUCGGAGCUGGAUUACUCAAAAUUGAAACGCCAGACCAGCAAAAAUAUUUGGCAACUGCAUUAGAACAAUACUACAAUUCCGGUGCGCACGAGAUAUGGAUUGGGGGUUCAGAUGUAGGACACGAUGACGAAUUCAGAUGGUGGGAUAACACAGAAAUAAAAACCGCAUAUUGGGAUACUAACAUGCCUCGAUCUACACCUGGAAGAUACGACUGCAUGGCAAUGUAUUCAGGAAAUAAAAACACAAAUUGGGAAACUUCAAGUUGCUUUCACGAGCUACAAUAUAUUUGCGAGCUACCUGAGGGGGCAACUCUCCCCUCAGUUCCUGUUGUAACAAUUGAUGGUAAAUGCAAUGAUGGUUGGAGAUGGAUGAAAAACAACUGUUAUUACUUCGGAAAUGCAGAAAAAACUCAAACAUCAGCAGCAGGAUAUUGUAACUCCUUAUCAAAAGACGGACACCCAUCAGUACUCGCUAGUGUACUAUCUGCUGACGAGAUGUCAUUUGUACACGGCCAUAUACAGCAAGACAGUUGGAUUGGAUUGAGAAAAGUUGGUAGUUCGUAUGAAUGGAUUGACGGAGAAACGGUAGAAUUCGAAAAUUGGUCGAAUAGUGCAUCAAAAACACAAGAUUGUGUUUAUAUGUCGGAAAAUUCUGGAACAUGGAGAGAUGAUUCGUGCACAAUUUCUAGAGUAUUUGUUUGCAAAAGUCCAGAAAUCAAAGUUACACCCUACACUCCAACACCACCUGUUAUCGAUGGUGAUUACGAGAAAUGUGGCGGAAAUGGAUGGUUUUCAAACCCAGCUAACGAAAAGUGUUACAAGAUUGAUAUAGACAGAACUAGGAGUUGGAACGAUGCCAGAUUCAAAUGUCAACAGGAAGGUGGAGACUUGGUUGCUAUGAACUCACCAGAUGAAAACAGCUUUUUGGCAGGCAUUGGUCAAGGUCUUCCGUUUGCUGCAAACUUGUGGAUUGGUGCUUCUGACAAAAUGUCUUUCCAGGAUGACGUAUUAGAUGUCGUAGAUGGAGGAUGGUCAUGGUCUGAUGGGUCUCCAUUCUCAUAUGUCAAUUGGAAUUCAGGCGAACCAAACAACGUUGGAGGAGAAGACUGUGCAGAACUUUAUCUUGAAAAUGGGAGAUGGAAUGAUCUUGAUUGUUCUGCGUUCAGACAUUUUGCAUGUGAAAAGUUGGGAGUCACCGAUAAUAUUGUGGGAAUUGAUGUCGCACAAUCAGAGUGCAGAAGUAACGAAGCUUGUUGUUUCAAACAUCUUGGAGUUGAAAAGGGAGGAAUUGUUCCAGACUCGGCAUUGAGUGCUUCUUCGAUAAGAAAUCAAAACUACAACGAGACAAGAGGGAGACUCAAUACGCAAGAAACUAUUUUAAUUACAAGUAUCGGUGACGUCAGAAUUGGAUAUCAUGGAGGAUGGAUGCCAGAUUCAAAUGAUCAAGAAACAUCUUGGUAUCAAGUUGAUUUUCAAGUUCAUACGGAAUUCAAAGGAAUAAUAACACAAGGUCGAAACGGUUAUGAACUUAACAACGAAAGACAGUGGGUCAAAAGCUUUAAAGUGUCCUACAGUCAAGAUCCGUACAAUACAAAAGAUGAUGUCACUAAUUGGGAAUUUAUAUCCGAUAGUAGCGGGAAUCCAAUUAUAUUCCAAGGAAACCGAGACCAGGACACACAAGUAACAAAUUUAUUCCCACGACCAAUAAUAGCCCGUCAUAUGCGUUGUCAUCCACUAACUUAUUACGAUCGUGUUUCGAUGAGAUUAGAAUAUAUUGGAUGCAGAGCAACAUGCCUCAACAAAAUUGGAAUGAACUCUGGUUACAUAUCAGAUGAACGUAUAACAGCAUCACAAGGUGAUGCCAAACAAGCAAGACCGGCGGUAGACUCAGAUGAAUGCAGAGCAGAUUCUUCUGAUACUGGUGCUGAUUACAGAGGGUGGUUGUCAAAAACAAAAGACGGCAUUGACUGUCAGCCUUGGUCGUCUCAGACUCCUCAAGCUCACGACAGAACACCUCAAAACUACCCAGAUGCUGGCUUAGUCGGAAACUACUGCAGAAAUCCUGAUGGUGAACCCCGGCCAUGGUGCUACACAAUGGAUACCAACGUAAGAUGGGACUUCUGUAGUGUUCCGAUUUGCCCAGCUUAUAUUCCAACUGGAUGGUCGCCAUCUUCCUCAACUACGAAUCAGUGGGUCCAAGUUAUGUUUGAUAACUACUUUAAGGUGGCUGGAAUUACAACUUACUCCUACUCAACAUCCUUUGUGAAAACAUAUAAAGUACAGUUCAGUGAUACAGGAGUUUCAUUCCAAACAUAUAGAAACCAGAAUCAAGAUGAUCACAUAUUCAUUGGCGUAAAUGAACCAAACGCAGAAUACACCGACAUACUUCGUGAACCUCUCACUACCAGAUUUUUACGAGUUUUACCACAAUCGUGGAACUCAAGAAUUACCUUACAAUUUGAAGUAAAUGGAUGCUACGCUGAUAGAAGAAUUACAUGUGCAGACAAAGGUACACAAUUUGAAGAGGAUUCUGUUACAAUUGCAUGUCCAGGUGGAUGUGUCGAAGAUUUGGGAAGUGGUAUUGUAUACGGCACUGAUACAUACACAGAAUCCUCAGCAAUUUGUCCUGCCGCUAUCCACGCAGGAAAACUUUCUAAUGCUCAUGGUGGAAGCGUCUCUUUUGCCAAAAUAAAUGGCAAAAAUUCGUACGAUGGUUCAACAAGACACGGGAUCUCUAGCAUAUCAUUCCAAACUGCAAAACACUCAAUGAUAUUCAAUGGACUAGCCUUCAGGUGUCCAGAUAACUGGUACCCAUGGAAUGAUCACUGCUACCAUUUCUCUCCUCCUGGUAUGGAAAAACCAUGGACAGAAGCCAGGGCAGAUUGUCAAGCAAUGGGUGGAGAUCUGGUGUCAAUUUUAAGCCAAGCUGAAAACGACUUCGUUCUCGUAACUAUUGUGCAAGCCAUCAAUGGCAAUCAAGUUUGGAUUGGAUUGAAUUCUUUGGACACAUUGAAUUGGUAUGAAUGGAGUGAUGGAUCACCUGUAACAUUGACGAAAUGGUAUCUUCAUCAACCAGAUCAUGAUAGUGAACAAUGCGUUAACAUAUAUCGAAAUGGUGGAUACUGGAACGACGCAUAUUGUACCAAAAACUAUGCUUACAUGUGCAAGAAAGAAAAGGAACAUCUUCCACCAGUGACCACCAUGUUUCCUCCGACAGACGACGGUUGUGAGCUUGGAUGGAAAGGAAGCGGAAAUUCCUGUUAUUGGACUAGCAGCGAUACUGCCCCGUAUGCUUAUGCCAACCAAUUAUGCACAGAAAUGGGAGCACAUUUGGUAUCAAUACACGACCAUUAUGAACAGGCUUUUGUGCAUGCUCAUGUCACAUCUACUGUGCCUCCUACCUUAGGAUACACAUCCUGGAUAGGUAUGGCAGCUACAAAUGACGAUAAAGGAGCUCAGAUAUAUUACUGGGUAUCUGGUGAAGAAAUUAGUUACACAUUGUGGGAUCAGUAUCAACCAGACGUUGAUAUGAAAUGUUAUUUCCCAUUCGUUUACAAUGGACAAACUUACUACGAAUGCACUACAGUUAAUAAUCCUUUCGUUUUGUUGGAUCUACCAUGGUGUAGUAUGACACCAGUUUUCGCAGUUGCUUAUAUGUUUUGUGGAACUGGCAAUGCUCAAGGAUGUGGAUACAUGGAUGACAGAUCAGGUUACUGGUCAAUGGACCUCUGCACUUCCUUACGUUACUACACUUGCGAAAAGCCUAGAAUUGGAUACACAGAACCAGUACGUACAACAGAAUCUCCACGAGGAUCGUGUUCAGAAGGCUGGAUAAAAACAGACAACCUUGUAGAAUGUUACCAGCUCAACGAAUUUGCGGAUUUAUCUGGACGAGCGACCUGGCAACAAGCUUACGAUCAUUGCACGUCACAGAACGCUGAUCUUGUCUCGAUCCACAGCAGCGUCGAAGAAGUGGAGAUUGCAAAAUUGGUUCAAGAUUAUGGAGUGAAUUCUUAUACUGACUUUUGGAUUGGGCUUAACUCCAUUAGCAACAACGCAGGAUAUAGCUGGUCGGAUGGAUCACCUGUAAGUUACACAAACUGGCGAGCCGGGGAACCAAGUGAUCAUAAUGGGAGAGAAAACUGUGUCGAAAGUCAAAUGCUGGAAUAUUCACAGUGGAAUGAUAUUAAUUGUGAUGCACUUCGAAACUGGAUUUGUAAGAUCGGACUCCAUAGAAAUCCGGUACCACCACCAACGCUCCCUCCACCACAAGGAACUGAAGACGGAGGGUGUGGCGAAGGAUGGAUUCACUAUGUGACCAAUUAUGGAUCUGAAAAAUGUUACAUGUUUGUCGCUGACGAGCAACAGUCGUGGUCGAGAGCAGAAUCGAGAUGCCGGGAACUUGGGGGCGGCCAUCUAGUGGCAAUACACGAUCAAGAUGAAAACACUAUGGUAUUCAGUAGAGCAGCACAAACAACUGCUGGAUCAUUGUGGAUCGGAUUACGAGACAUCGGUGGAAGAAGUUUUUACUGGUCUGAUGACUCAUUAUUGGAUUAUGUUAACUGGGGGCCUGGUGAACCAAACAAUUAUCUGAAUAAUGAAGAUUGUGCUGACAUUGCUGCAGAUCGGGGUUUAUGGAAUGAUGACAACUGUGGGCUGCGAAAAUCAUUCAUUUGUGAGAAAUGCAUCGAUUGUCAAGCUGUAGAAGUUCCACCUACUGAAGCGCCUACAGGAGGAUGUCCUGACGGCUUUGCAUUGUACGGUAAUAAGUGCUAUUAUUCAUCGCGUGACGUCACAAGAAAAUUUCAGAAUGCAUCGGAUACAUGUCAGAGUAUGUCUGCUGAACUGGCUGUUAUUAACAAUGAAUAUGAACAGGCCUUCCUUGCUAGUUAUUUGUCUGGUAUUACUUCAAACUGCUGGAUUGGUUUUUAUCACCGAAAUACCGGAUCAUUUGUGUGGGUCGAUCAAUCUCCUGUAACAUACGUUGCAUGGGAUGGUGGACAACCAGACAAUUGGAAUAAUGAGGAAGGAUGUGCUGAGAUGUGGUUGGGUACACAAUCUACUGGAAGAUGGAAUGACGCAGAUUGCAAUCAAGAAAAAUCAUUCGCUUGUUAUGUACGUAGAUCAGAAGACUAUCCUUCAAUUCCAACUCAACCCAAUGACAAUAACUGUCCGUCAAAUUAUUAUUCAUGGGGCCGAGGUUGCUAUCUUCUCGUCGUAGAAUCCAAAACAUGGCAAGAUGCUGACAAAUAUUGCCGUGAUAAAGGCAACAAUUUGAUGAGCAUCGGCCACGUAUACGAGAAUGAAUUAAUUCAUAGCUGGUUUUGGAAAGGACAACUAACAUCAAAUGACAAGUUAUGGAUAGGAAUGUCGUAUUCUGUUUCUGUAAAUAACGACGACUCUGUCAAUACGUCAUUUUCCUGGACAGAUGGAUGGCCAGUCCAAUAUACAAACUGGGGACAAGGAGAACCAAACACAGCACAGACUGCUGGUAAUCAAGGGUGUGUGUACAUAAAUAGUAAUGGCCAAUGGAGUACGACAGGUGGUGGAACCACAACUUGUGACACGACGGCAUCUUUUGUCUGUAAAAUAUCUCGUGAUCCUAUUCCAACAGAACCACCGAUUCGAGAAGGAAAUUGUGAUCCAAAUUACGCGGAAUUCAAUGAGUUCUGUUAUUAUAUCAAUCCUGGUAUUACUGACGAAACCUCAAGAUCAUGGUUUGAAGCUCGACAUGAAUGUCAGGUGCAUGGUGGUGAACUUGCAUCGUUUCAUUCUGAUGAUGAAGUCAGUGCUUUUAUUGUUUCAAUCGCUGGAGCUUCGUCACACAAUCUAUGGAUUGGGUUAUACAGCAAUGGCUAUGAUGGUUGGAUCUGGUCCGAUUCUACAGCAGUCGAAUAUACAAACUGGAAUGACAAUGAACCAAAUGGACAAGGCAAUGGAGAAGAAUGUGUUGAAAUGUAUCCAUGGAGUGGGGCAUGGAAUGAUGUUAGCUGUUACGAAGACAGAGGAUAUGUGUGUAAGAAACCUGCAGGAUAUACACGAUGCUAUGUACCAUCUGCAUAUAGAAUAGAAUGUGGAUACCAAGGAAUAUCAGAAUCAUUGUGUGUAACUCAUCGUGGAUGUUGUUUCGAUCCUACUUAUGUUACAGCGAAUAAUUCCGGCUGCUUUUAUGCAGAAAAUGAAUUCCCAUCUGGUUUUCCUCAACCACCUGAAGAAAUUUCUGGCUUGUCAGGAGGUGCCAUAGCAGGAAUCGUUAUUGGAGUAAUAGUAGCUUUGGUACUAGUGGGAGGAAUUGUAUACUACAUGAAAGGAUCUGAAAAAAGUAUGCCAUCGAUGCCAACAUUCUCGACACCUUCAUUUACAUCUAAACCUAAAGCUCCUACUGAAUCUCAAGGUUUUGAUAAUCCCCUUUCCUAUAAUCCGGACUCCACAGCAUAAUAAAUUUUUUGAAGAAUUUUUGUACAAAUCAAUUUUUAGUUACAGAUGAGCUCAUAUUAUUUUGUAUUAUUUAAUUGUAAAACAGCCAGUCUAGAAUUAUCUAGAAUUAAAAUUUUUGAAG